CAGAUCCCUACCGCCAUCCCGGACCCCGAGUCCUGCUCGAGACCCCACCCUUCCGCCCGUGCCCAUCACUGCGUGCAGCAGCGCCGCCAAAAUGUCCGACAAACUGCCCUACAAAGUCGCGGACAUCGGCCUGGCUGCAUGGGGACGCAAGGCCCUGGACAUUGCUGAGAACGAGAUGCCAGGCCUGAUGCACAUGCGGGAGAUGUACUCGGCAUCCAAACCACUGAAGGGCGCCCGCAUCGCUGGCUGCUUGCACAUGACCGUGGAGACUGCUGUCCUCAUUGAGACCCUUGUUGCCCUGGGUGCUGAGGUACAGUGGUCUAGCUGCAACAUCUUUUCCACCCAGGACCAUGCAGCUGCUGCCAUUGCCAAGGCUGGCAUUCCAGUGUACGCCUGGAAGGGUGAAACAGACGAGGAGUACCUGUGGUGCAUUGAGCAGACACUCUACUUUAAGGAUGGGCCCCUCAACAUGAUCCUGGACGAUGGUGGCGACCUUACCAACCUUAUCCACACCAAGUACCCCCAUCUCCUGUCAGGCAUCAGGGGCAUCUCUGAGGAGACCACGACUGGGGUCCACAACCUCUACAAGAUGAUGGCUAAUGGGGUUCUGAAGGUGCCCGCCAUCAAUGUCAAUGACUCUGUUACCAAGAGCAAGUUUGACAACCUCUACGGCUGCCGGGAGUCCCUCAUAGAUGGCAUCAAACGGGCUACAGAUGUCAUGAUCGCAGGCAAGGUGGCAGUGGUAGCAGGCUAUGGAGACGUGGGCAAAGGCUGUGCCCAGGCCCUGAGAGGUUUUGGGGCCCGUGUCAUCAUCACCGAGAUCGACCCCAUCAACGCACUGCAGGCUGCCAUGGAGGGCUAUGAAGUGACCACCAUGGAUGAAGCCUGUAAAGAGGGCAACAUCUUUGUCACCACCACAGGCUGUGUGGACAUCAUCCUUGGGCGGCACUUUGAGCAGAUGAAGGAUGAUGCCAUUGUGUGUAACAUUGGACACUUUGAUGUGGAGAUUGACGUCAAGUGGCUCAAUGAGAAUGCUGUGGAGAAGGUGAACAUCAAGCCCCAGGUAGACCGCUACUUGCUGAAGAAUGGUCGUCGCAUCAUCCUGCUGGCUGAGGGCCGGCUGGUCAACCUGGGUUGUGCCAUGGGCCACCCCAGCUUUGUGAUGAGCAACUCGUUCACAAACCAAGUGCUGGCACAGAUUGAGCUGUGGACCCACCCCGACAAGUACGCUGUUGGCGUUCACUUCCUGCCUAAGAAGCUGGAUGAGGCAGUGGCUGAAGCCCACCUGAGCAAGUUGAACGUGAAGCUGACCAAGCUGACUGAGAAGCAGGCCCAGUACCUGGGCAUGUCCCGUGACGGCCCCUUCAAGCCUGACCAUUACCGCUACUGACAGUCAUGCCUGCUUUUCACCUUCUAGUGCCCAGGGCUCCCUCUCCUCCCUAAGAGCCAUUGACACCUUGUUUGCAAUUGGUUUGUCAGUGAUGUCCCCCAUCGGCUCCCUGGGGCUGCCCACUCAGCCUUGGGCCUCUGCCUUCCUCACUCCUCCUGUUAUCCCAAGUAUGGCACAGGGAACUGAGAGGCUCCUCCUUAAGCCCUGGUCAUGAUGGAGAUACAAGGGAAACAUCUGUAGGAAACCAUGAACCCAGGGGUCUUAGAACUGCUUCGUCAGGCCUUCGAAAUUGGUGAUGGUGGUUACAAGGCCCAUGCACUUUACCAGAGAGGCCUUCACCUGGACUAUCAUGUUAGACCCACAUGCUUAGCUGACAGGUUCACGGAUUCCUCAGUCCAUGGUAGAAGAAAAAGAACUGUAUCAAAGAGCAAGGAGGAGCUGUUGACACCUGAGUGUUUGAGAGCCUGGCUCAGUGCUGGGCCAUCAGAAACCUCAGAACAAUGAAUGAGCUUAGUCCUUACUGGUCUUAAUUUUAUAGGGGUUAAAAUAACCCUUGUAAGAGAGGGCCAGUGGUUGAGAGGGGCCAGAAAAACAUAAAAGCAGGCAUAGAUCUGCCAUCACUUUGUAAUAUGGUUCCUAUCAUAACCCUGGGUUGUAGUGUUUAUAUAUAAUGUGUAAAGUGUUCAAAGAAAGCAGGAAGGUGGGUAAAUAAAAAUUCUGGUGCCUGAAA